GCCGCCUGAUGCGCUGAGACUCCGAACGCACGUCGGCGAUGCCAGUCACAGUGGGACCGUAUGGGCAGUCACAGCCCAGCUGCUUUGACAGAGUUAAAAUGGGCUUCAUGAUGGGCUGUGCAGUUGGCAUGGCAGCUGGUGCACUUUUUGGCAGUUUUUCAUGCCUCAGACCGGCCUCCCCUCCACAGAUGCUGAAAAUUCAGAAUGCCCAGCACCAGCUCCCUGUGAAAUGGGUUCGAUCACCACAGUCAUGACCCUGCUGACAGCGGGGCAAAAACUGUUCUUUAUUCAACACCAAGUCAAAGUAUGGAGCUGCGGAUAUGGCAAUCUUAGACCAGGGCUGGGGCUGAGAGGUCGAGAGCUGCUGGGUGGUGUUGGGAAGACCAUGAUGCAGAGUGGAGGCACGUUUGGAACGUUCAUGGCGAUUGGAAUGGGAAUCAGAUGCUAACAAUCAUUCUUUCCUUUCUGCUGAAAUUUCAAGUGUUGCAGAUAAUGUAUCACCUGUCUCUGUCCCCUUGAUUACCAGCUGUAUAAUAAUGGAGAUUAAAGUGUAUGAUUUACUAUUG